CAUCUUUUUUAUUGAGACCAUAUGAAAAAUUAAUAAGAUUUAUAAAUGCAAUUUAAAAAGACCUAAAUUGAUUUGGGAGUUUUUCUUUAUGUCAGUAAAUAUUCGAAAAAAAAACGUCCUACUCACUAUGUACGUACAACCAUUUCGAAAUAUUUGGCCGUUUAUCAUGAGAUGCAAUAUCAAAACGUGCCCUAAUGCUGAUCACAGUAUACACUCUCAUCCCAGAUUGAUUAUUCUGGCCAACAGAAACAUCGUAUUGCUUGCAUUAGUUUUCAUCGUACGUUUUAUGAGCUUAAAGAAAAUGUCAACGUAAUAACAUCGGCUCCCACAGUUUUAUAUUGUUAACAGCGCCAUUGUCUUAGACCUGGAUCAGGACAAUGAAUUACAGUGGCCAUAAUGGCCAAAAAUGGUAUUGUAUAUCUGUCGCUUGAUAGAAGUUUGCGGUCAUAAAUGGCUGUGCAUUGAUCUGUAGAUAGACGCACUAUUACGACUGUAUUUUAUCGUGCUAUAUACAGUUAAUAACGAUCUAAAAAUCAAGUAUCUGACCGUUUACAAUACAAUCGAACACUAGUAAUACUGCUCCUACCAACAGUAGAAAAACCAUCGAAAACAGUCAUUUAUAAUGGUGCUUAUUUCACUUGAGCAACAUUGUAAUUAUGUCGUAUUCUUAUUAAAACGACAAUAACGCAUUGACUUGGUUUACGAUAAAAUAUAGUGCGUAAAUGGGUCCUACACGUGUCAUACUGUCUGAUUAAGGUAAUGCAAACUGGACUCAAAAUAUUUGAUCGAAUAAGUUUUAGAAAAAAUACAGCAUGACUCAGUUUUAAGGUGUCCUAUAUACCGUGAUAAAAAUCAUGAGUCAAAAAAAUCUAUAGUCGUGUGCUUUUUUUUUAUUUCCUUAAUCAUAAUUCAAAAGAAUAUUUUAAAACAAAAUCAUUGCAAUCAUGAUAACUAUCUUAAGUAUUUACUGAAGUUAAAAUUUAAUAUACAGUUACAUCGAUCAAUUUUAUUGUAUUGAGAAUAAAAGAUGUGUAUUUAUGAUUUUAUUUUAGAUCAGAUAAAUAUCUGUUAUUCGUUGAUGAUGAACUAUUCAAUCCUGCUAUAUUUAUUUUCAUCAAAAUUUUCCUUAUGAAUUUAGGUAAAGUUGUAUUGAAAUGUUUCUUUAGUUUUAUUUUUCGUAUUUGUUUUUUAUUAGAUGAUAUUUCAAAUGUUCUUUCAAAAAACAUGACAAUGGAUGAAUUUUUUGAUAUAUAUGCAUUAGAUAAAGAUAAUGAUGUACGAACAUUUCUCAAAACACGUAUACAAUUAUUUAUUCGUUCAUUAAAUAUAGCAUCCUUAAAAAAUAAUGAUUUAAUUGAUCAUUUAUUAAUUUCUGAACACGAUAUUUUAACAAAAGCUUUUAAAAAACUUGAACUUCCUCAUUAG